AUGCCUUCCAGAAAACUUUCUACAAUGGAAAUGAACUAUGAUAAUGAAAUCGAAAAUAAAAGAUAUGCCGACAAUUUCAUGGACGAUUUCUGGCCACUAGCUCCCGUUGAUCCUACAAAUGCCAAAUUCCCGUGCUGUCUGGUUUGGACACCUUUGCCUGUUGUUUCAUGGCUGGCCCCUUUCAUAGGACACGUCGGGAUAUGCAUGGAAAAUGGCACGAUCUUAGAUUUCUCGGGCUCGAAUUUCGUGAAUGUAGACGAUUUUGCUUUUGGACCUGUUGCUCGUGUUGUUUCCCUCCGAAUAUCGGGGCCCACAAAUGCAAGCACCGUUUUGCGCACUCCGAGUACGGUGCAGCAAUCACCUGGGACGAAGCCCUGCAGUCGACUGGGCGCCACUUUGAGCACAGGUCUUACAACCUCUUCACGUGCAACUGCCACUCGUUUGUUGCCAACUGUCUAA